AUGCCGGGUCCGUUCUUGUUAUCUGAAGCAAUUUUUCUGAGGGAAAUGCCAAAUGGCCAGAAAAAAGUUUUGAGGGCUGUGAAAGAGAAAGCUGAUGGAAUCCUUCCAGAGGAGGAGGAGAGUGUGAAUAGUAAAUACAGUUCCUGUGUAGGGCACACAAGAUUGAUAGAAGUGGAGAGCGAGCGCCUCUUUAACGAGCCUUCUCCACCUGAAGUUUGCAAGAUUUACCUUUUACUUGGGAUGAAAAUGACAGGCACUGUCACUGUAAUUCGCCUGAUCUUUUUGGAGUCUUUGUCCCAUUCAUCUCCCAGUCAAGGACACUCUCGUGAGCAUCUCUGCACCGUUUCACUGUCCAACGUGAUCAGCUCCAUAACCCUCUUCCCUCUCUCUUCCAUAAUUGAGAACUCUUUAACUGCCACAAAAAAGCAUCUAAGAAGCUUGACACAGCACAACUUUCUUCAAGAAGAGAACAGACUCUCAAUCUCUCUUAGGUUUGUUUCUCCACAGAAACAGCUUACUACAAGGCCUUACACUUGCACCAUGAAAACCCACCAUCCAAAACUCAAAACACAGCCACGUCCACUCUUCUCUUGUAGUUUCUUUCGCCAAUGCACAGAAACUACUUUAAGUCCCACCACACCCAACCCACCUGCUCUUCCUAUCUCCUCCACUAUUCCUACUCCAGCACCACCACCACAAACAGCAGCAGCACCAACUCCAGCACCACCACCACCACAACAACAAUUACCUAACCAACCCCACCAAAAGUCCACCCAAGCUGAAUCCUCUUCCUCCUCCUCCUCCACUACCACCUCCCAAAGUUUCACUCAAUGGAGAUUCCCUCUCUCGAACUCCCCACUCCACCAACCCAGACCCGAAUCCGAACCGAAUCAAGACUCCGCCUUUAUACCACCGUUGGCUCCUCCCAUGCACCCCAACGACCUGCAAGAACUCCUCCGCCUGGCUGAACUGCAACUUACCAACGGCUCAGAAACUGAGCAACUUUCUGCUCUAUAUCUCUUAGAACGCUCACUCGUACCCGACCCACCAUCCGACCCGGUUUGCUCACUCGAAUUAAUGCGCGGGGUGGUGGCAAAUUUGAAAAACAAAGCAGGGUUAAAACCGGCAACAAAAGUCUUAUUAGCACUUUGCUUGGCGGAGGCCAACCGCCACGUUGCGGUGGAAGCUGGGGCGGUCGGGACGGUGGUGGAAGUGGCGAUGGAGCUCGACGGAGCUCCGGCGGAGAGGGCAUUGGCGGCGUUGGAGCUGACUUGUACGGUGGCUGAGGGGGCGGCAGAGCUCCGGAACCACGCACUGGCGGUGCCGGUAAUGGUGACAAUGAUGGGUAAAAUGGCUGGAAGGGGUAAAGAGUAUGCGAUAAGUGCUCUCGCGGUGAUUUAUGGGGGUGGCGGAGUUGAGUCAGAUGGUGAGCAAACUCUUCAUGCCCCGCCAGAGGAGGUGGCGCGUGCAGUGGCGUUGGCUUUACGGGGAGACUGUACUGCUAGAGGGAGGAGGAAGGGGGCCCAGCUCUUGAAGGCUCUUCAAGAAUAUGGACGGGUAGAUUCAACUCAAGAGGGGAAUGAACAGCCGUGAUUUCAUUUUGAUUUGUAUGUCAUGAAGAGAGAGGGAAAUGAUACUUUAGAAUAUUAUUAGCCCAUGUACAUGUAGAGCUUAUUAAUAAUAAUAAUAAUUUUUUCAUUUUAA